UUAGAUGGUAUUGAUCAUCUAUAAUUCUACAUUGAUAAAUCUACAUAUAUUUUAUUUAUAUAUAGAUCUGUGCUCUUGGUAAAUUUAUUUAAAAAACAUUAAUUUCAAUGGUAACCGCAGAAGCGGAAAGCGAAUUUCAUAUUAAGAUGAAGAUUUCCAAUGUUUGUAACUGUGCGUUCCCUGAGUGGUAUUCAAAGUUUAAAACCAUUACUACUGAAAGUAUUUUGAUUCCACUUCCAGAGUCAUUCCUCACUUACCUACAUACAGAUGGGCUGGUAUUGCCAAACAGCUCUACACAUGGUGUAUAUGGUAAAGCUAACAACUUAAUUAUGGAUGGGGAUGUUGAAGAUGAAGAUUUAAGAGAUGAUGAGCUAAUGAGAAUGUAUGAGUCUGACUGGUCAACAGGUUGUAGCACACUAAUAGCUGAGUCUCCUGACUUUGGUGAAUUUGAUCUUAAAGUGAAGGCUGCCAUUAAAACACUAGGUGGAAGGGUGUUUCCAAAAUUAAACUGGAGCUCUCCCAAAGAUGCCAGUUGGAUAGCUUUUGACAAAAGUCUAAUGUGUACAUGCCCCAGUGAUGUGUACUUGUUGUUGAAGAGUUCUCAGUUUAUCUCCCAUGACUUGGAUCAACCUUUUGAUCAAUGUGAAGACUACCAGAAGGAUGCACUACUGCCAUCUCUAACCUACACACUUGUACUCAGAAAAUGGGAGCCUCCUAACCCAGCUUCAGAGUUUCGAUGCUUUGUUCAUAACAACAAACUCAUUGGAGUAUGUCAAAGAAAUGCCAAUAAAUUUUACCCUCACAUUAUUGUCAAUAAAAAUGUUGUCCUAGAAGAUAUCUGCGAGUUUGUAAAGAUUCACAUUGCUGAGAAAUUUGUAGAAACUAAUUAUGUUGUGGAUGUAGUUCAUGUCAAGCAGGGUCAUGUGAUACUAAUAGACUUUAACCCAUUUGGUCCAGUCACAGAUGCUCUGAUGUUUACUUGGUCUGAACUCAGUGACCUCAUCACUCAGAUAAAAGAGCUUCCAUGUUUUCGCUGUGUUGAAAGUGAAGAAGGUGUUCAGUGCUCAGACUAUGCCAACUUUGCUUUUCCACAAGACAUUCAGGACUUGGCAGCUGGAGAAGAUCCAUACAAAUUCAUGGAUUGGAUGAAAAUUCUGACACAAAAAGAGUUUGAUACCAGCUCUAGUUCAGAGGAGGAGGAGGGUACAGCUAAUACAUAGAGAAUAGAGCCUUCCAUUUGGUUUCACUCAGACAUCCUCCUGCUUAACAAAAAGACGUCCUCCUGCUUAACAAAAAGAUGUCCUCCUGCUUAACAAAAAGACAUCCUCCUGCUUAAUAAAAAGACAUCCUCCUGCUUAACAAAGUCACUGGAAUUGACAAACUGUUUAUCUUCUAUGUUUUCAAACAGAUUAAAAACACAAGAGCUGCUGUGUGCUGAGUUCAACAGAAAUUUGUUGUUGUUGUGUUGGUCCUCUAGCAACAAUCCCAUUGGAAAGUAAUAAACAAAACACUCAUUGGAACAUUUUGAAACAGUGUUUUAUAACUAGAUACGUUACACAAUGUCUGAUGUUAACAGAUUUGGCUGCGACACAUUUGUAGAUUCUUCCAUUAUCUUUGUAUUGAGACAGUUCAUGAACUAUAUAUAUUGCCUUAUCUAUGCAGUAUGUCACAGAAAUCUUUUUGCACAUAAAGUGUUUGUUUUAUUGUAUACGUUUUGAAUAUUCUUCCUUAAAUGAAGAUUUUUACAUCAUAGGGUACACCUCUUGCAGGAUGGUUUAGGAUGGCAGGGGGUAUGAAUCAUAUCCAUGACCAUAUGACAUACAUACCAUAUGAAUAGACUGCCAUCCAAAGUAUACAGAUAGAUUUAAUGUAGUAUUGAUUGUUAUUCUCUGACUAGCUUUUAAAAAUAGACAUAAUAUAGUACAGAUUUUUUUAACAACAGUUCAUGUAUAUUUCAUGUACAUUUUUUAAUUUAGUGAAAUUUAUGUAGUCUGUUUUUAAUAUUUUCAUAUUUAAUAAUAGAUUAUUUGUUUGUUUGUUUUGUUUAUACCUGUACAAUUCUGAUAGCAUUAUAUAAUUAGGUCAGUUGUGUCACAGCCUCUACUAGGGUGUAGCACUGUGUGCUCCAAACUAUCUAAAAGUCGCUGGCUCCUGAUUUUUCCUUAGCUGUGUGGAGAGGGGGGAGAUGAAACUGAUGUGUGAGCAACAUUGUUCCAACCAUAACAAAUGCCCAGGCAUUCAUCUCAAUGCAAUGAUCCAUAGCUGCUUUGCAAGUGAAGGAGGCAAUUCAUAUAUAUAUAUAUAUAUAUAAAUUAGAAGUUAAAUUUGUACAACUUUUUUGAUGAAAGAAUUUGUUUCUAAUUAAUUAAAAAAACAUAUCAUCAAAUGUAUCUAUUUCUUUCCUUCAUUUGCCACUUGAAACUAUCACAUUUCAGUAGAAAGAACACAAUUUCAAAGAAGAAUCAAAUUUGUCUAGAGAAACACUUGAAGCAUUUCCCUUCACCUUAUUUCUGUGUUCUAAGAUUCUUGAUAAUGUCAUCAAUUCUUUUCUCUGUAUGAAUAGUUAGCUGAUUUAGUGUAAUGACUAUCUGAGGGCAACAUUUCCAUACUUCAUGAUGGAAUUGAAACAUUUUAUUUCUUUUAGAGCUAUAGGUGUCAGACUAAAUCAAGUGCAAAUUUUCCUGUACAGAUACAUCAGGUGGAUGAUUUCAUUUAGUUAAACAUAGCAAUGGAAGAGAUGGUCUGUGACUUUUUUGGUUUUCCUCUGUACAUAAUACAUGUACAAAGUUAAUUCUGUUUUUCUCAAAGUUUUUUUAUCAUCCUUAGAUAUUCAUGAAUGUUUUGUCAUCAAUAGUAAUCUUUGACUUGAGCUUUUUUUUUUACCUUGUUUAUAUCAUCUAUUAAUUGUCUUUCAAAGUCUUUUCCUGCUUUCAUUUUCUUUAGACAUUCCAUAUACUGCUCAUAUUUCUCUAUUACUGUAAACUGCAACUUUAAUAUCAAAGGAAACAUUUACUGUGAUUAACUUAAAUAUGAACAUUUUCAAUGCAGAAAAUAAUUUAUAGAGAGAAGUUUUUUUCAAAACUAUCAAGCCCAGCCAGCAGAAACGUUUAAUGAACAAACUUAGCAGCAAGCAAUUCUCUUCUCAUUUCUUAUUAAAGAACUAUUGAUAGGUUAGCUUUCAUAUCUCUCCAUGGGCUAAGUAUUUUCUGAUUCUGUUUCCAAGAAUCAAAGCUCAGAUCUAGAAACCAAAAAAACUGUUUAAAAGAUCAUUUAAACUAUAGCAACACAUUUUUGUUUAUUUAAUUUAGCCAGUCCAAUAAAAUAUAAUUAUCAGUUAUGAAA